CAACGUGUCUCGUGGUGGGAAACCGGUUUUCUGGGAGCACGCGGGUUGCGAAGAACAAAGCCGUAUCGUUCGGACUUGUGUGUUGCGUGGGCUGUUUUUAAAGAUCAGCAAAAAAAUGCAUUUAAACGUCGUUGCGUGAGUCAACGACCGUACAAGUUAUUCGAGUUCUAUUCACCGGUUGGGUGAUUUGCACUCGCUUCACCUGGACUGAAGCCAGGAACAAGCUGCCUUUCUCUGCAGGGGAACCCCCCCCCCCCCCUGCUAUCAUCUGUUAUCUUUGUCCACUGCCAAUGCAACUAAUUCAAUCGUUCCCUUUUACGUGCUUAUCUGCUCCAUGGAUAGAUGACUAAAUACUCGAUAUGAUGAGGCACGGUUUGAGUUGAGUUACUGAUUGACCUGUUACUCUUCUCUCAUUUGCAUACGACCUGACUUUGAUGUAUAUUCCAAUACUGGUUGGAGACCCAUCGCUAACCGGUCGACCAGGAAGUUGAGUCAUUUGUGUGGCGGUUGUUCCUCGUUUGUGAUCUCGCUGUAAUAAGACGAAAUUUGACUGGGCCGUUUCCGUUUCGUUGCUCUGCCACUUUACGUUCCAGGUGUGUGAGAGAAGGAAGAGCUUUGCUUAUAAAUGACUCAUUGCACCUUUUGAAGCCAAGAGGGAACAGCGACCCGAGGAAGCCAGAAUCUGCCGAUGGGGUCCGACUUCAGGCAGGAGGAUAAAGCUGGUGAAGGAUCUUUAUCCAACAACCAGCUUCACGUGUCCGCAGGCUUUCUGAUCGCUGAUCCCAGACCAGCAGAAUACGUCCCAGCCGCACAGAAGAGGACCGUGAAAGAGCUGCUAACGAUGAGACGGAGAUGGAACUGCUCACAGGAUGACCAGAAUUCUGCAUUCAAAUAUGCGAAAUGUGAGAACCCUCACCUGCUGGGCCGCCCCGCGCCGCCGAACUCCCACCUCGCCCAUCGCCUCUGCACCUCUGGCCCCGAAAACGGUCCGCAUCAACAUCCGGCCCCGCACGCACAAACGGCCCCGGAGUUCACCCUGUUCCACUGGCAAAUCCAGCGGGAGAUGCAGAAGGUCGGAGGACUUUCUCCUGAGCUGCUCGUCGUGCAGGACGCGGACGACGACACGUUCCUCCACAUCGCGGUGGCUCAAGGUCGACGGGCCCUCGCUUACGCGCUGGCGGCGCACAUGGCCCAGUGUGGCUCCCUGGACAUGAAGGAGCACAACGGACAGACGGCUCUUCAGAUUGCAGCCGCCACCGAUCAGCACCUGAUAGUCCGCGACCUGCUGACCCACGGGGCCCAGGUCAACGCCCGGGACUACUGGGGACGCUCUCCGUUGCACCUGUGCGCCGAGAAAGGACACCUUCUCAGCCUCCAGAGCAUCCGCAGGACCCUGAUGGGGAGCGGCGAGCCCGUUGACGUCGAGAUGUUCAACUACGACGGUCUGACCCCGCUGCAUGCGGCGCUGUUGUCUCACAACGCCGCCGUUAAAGAGCUGAGGAGUCCCGCGGGUCUCUGCUCGCACCGGGCCCAGGAGCUGCUGCGGGGGAAGCAGACGUAUUUUGAGUGCAUCAGGACUCUGCUGCUCAUGGGCGCUUCCUGCGGGGCGAAGGAUCUAAAAAGUGGACGGACGUGUCUCCACAUGGCUUCCGAGGAGGCCAACGUCGAGCUGCUGCGCCUCUUCCUCGCGCAGCCGUCCUCGCCGGCGCUCGUCGACGCCCAGGCAAGUGGUCGAGUGGCGCGACAACGCGACAGCGUGAGCGUUGCACGUGUGAAGCUCUUCUGCAUGUGUGUGUGUGUGUGUGUGUUUCAGACGUUCAGCGGGAACACGGCGCUGCACAUCGUCUGCUCUUUGCAGAAGCGCGACGCUCAAGUGGAGGCCGCGAAGCUGCUGAUGAGGAGCGGCGCCGACCCCGGCGCCCGGAACUUUGAGAACGAACUGCCGUGUCAGCUGGUGCCACAAGGACCCGCUGGUGAAAAGGUGCGGAAGAUCCUGAAGGGGAAAUAUUUGAAUAUUUGAAGAGCAGCUCAAAAACACUGUCAGUCAGACGGUCCAAUCUAUCAUAUUAUUUGCCAACGCGGCAGAUGCAGGUUGUUUCUGUGAAACAUGUCAUUGUUCAUUACUACGUAAUGUCCAAAGAAAAGUGGAAAUCCUUUUGAGCCAACCUUUGUGUAAUGGGAAUUAAAUUUAUACGUUUGAGAUUAAAAUACAUCUAUUAAUGCCGACGUGUUCUUUCAUAUUUAUGCAGGAUUAAAUCGUGGGUUUACUUUAGUUUGAGGGCGUUUUACUGUUUUUCAUUUCUGCAUAUAUUGGUUUAUUUUUUUCAUCUUGAAUUGAAAAUGUUCGUACUUGUAAAUACAUUUACAGUUUUAAAUAUUGGAGGUAAUUGUGUUUAUUUACUAUAUGUGCAUGGAUUUUCCUUAUGGUUGGAUAUUGUAUUUGAUGUAGAAAACAUUGUGACAACACAAAUGAUUAUUGUACAUUACAUCAUAAGAUAGUUUGAAGAUAUUUUGUUGUGAGUUGUUUAAAUCUUUUGGUGGGGAAUAUGGAGUAAAAAGGAUGUAGAUUACAAAAAGAAGACAUUUUACUGAGAAAUAUUUGUUGGACUUAAACUUAAAGGGAGGUGUUUCAUUUGUUUUUUAGACCAACAUACAUGUUUUACGUUGUAUUUUAAUCUAAAUGGCUCAAAUGAUCAAUGUGAGAAUUGUUUUCCUAAUAAAGAUUUUAGCGUUUUUUGUUGA